UCCCCCUCUGACUCCAGCAUCACUGACCACUGCUGCUUUCUUCCACCGCAGAUCUUGGACUCUCGUUUCAAGCUCCUAUUUUUCCGAGUGGUUACUGUGGGUGGUUACUGUGUUACCCGUGUAAUGCUUUUUUUGGGACACGGCGGACACACACGCCGCGGUGUUCCGUGAACGCCUCACGUAGCUGAGUCAGACGGUUGGACCAUCUCCAAGGACAUCGACGAUGUUUGACGCCUUCUGGGAGCGACUGUGAGGGAGCGCUGUCACCUCCACAUCACGGGUUCGAUCCCCCGGCUGUGCCUAGCGAAACCUCCUGAGGGGGGGGGGGUCAUGGCUUGAUUGACAUUCUCGUCUCCAGCACAUCCGCGCGUCUCCAUGUUGAGUGGUCCCGACUGACUUCUCCCUGCAUAUGAUGAUACCAGGAUCUGCCGCAUCCAUGCUGCCGUCCGUUGAAGCCGCCAAACUCUACCAGACCAAUUACGUGCGGAACUCCCGCGUCAUCGGACUGCUGUGGGCCAUCUUCACCAUCCUGUUCGGUAUCGUCAAUGUCACCAUCUUCUCGCAGCCCUACUGGAUCGGGGACGGCGUGGACACCCCGCAGGCGGGCUACUUCGGCCUGUUCCACUACUGCGUCGGGGACGGUAUUUCCAGGGAGCUGGCGUGUCAGGGCAGCUUCACCGAGUUCUCCGCCAUCCCCUCUGGUGCGUUCAAGGCCGCCUCGUUCUUCAUCGGCAUGUCCAUGAUGCUGGUGGUGACCUGCAUCGGCUGCUUCAGUCUCUUCUUCCUGCUCAGUACCUCCACCGUCUACAAGAUCUGCGGCUGGAUGCAGGCAGCCUCAGGGGUGUGUCUGGUCCUGGGCUGUAUGAUCUACCCUGAUGGCUGGGACAGCGACGUGGUAAGGCGGAUGUGUGGGGAGGAGACAGAUAAGUACAGCCUGGGCGCCUGCUCCGUGCGCUGGGCCUACAUCCUGGCGAUCAUGGGCAUCCUGGACGCCCUCAUCCUCUCUUUCCUGGCCUUCGUCCUGGGGAACCGGCAGGAUGGACUGAUGUCCGAGGAGCUGCUGGCUGAGAGCAAGGAGGGAGGGAACGCCUAACCAAAUAAAAGUCCGUUCUUAGAUCCCUCCAUUUUCAUGAAUCCCUGGAAUUGCCCCAAAGGAGGAAGGCAGUGAUGUUCAGGAGAGAAGAUCAUGAGGAGUGUGCAAUCAGCCAGCCUGCCUUCUACGUCUGCCUGCCAAAAAAAAACUCUACCCUCUACUACAUUCUACUGAUGUCAUCCAAUCAGCUCACAGUAUCUAGGUCCUCUCCUGGCUUCUCCAUCGAGUGUCUCCAGUGAACCCUUACAUCGACCAUGGCGGGGGCAGAGACUGUUAAACUGAGAAGCAGCGAUGAGCCACUACCUACCAGAGACCAGGGUUCAACAUGUACACCUGCAGUACGAGCACACACACACGCCUCGACAAAACACUCAACCAACCUGUAAUUAUCCUUAUUAUUAUGAUGAUAUUAAGCUAUGUUGACACUUAUCUGCGUGUACCAAUGUCUGAAUGUUUGUCAUGUUUCAUUUCUGAAAAGAAAAAAAGCUGCUUAUUUACAGCAUACACAUGAAUCGAUGUACAGAUUGUCAUUUUGCUCUUCACUUGCACUUUUAUUCUCCUAGUUUACUGGAUAGAACAUAUUUAAGAGGGAGGGCGGGAUAUGGAUUAUACGUACCUGUAUGUACAGUAAAUAUUCUUGUCAUUGUAGCUGGAUCCAUGACCUGCUAGCCAAGUUUGCACACUGCUUCAGUUUGAGGUUUUUGAUCUUUUGUAGUCUGUCGUACCCACACUGUGACGGGGGGUGUCACAGGACGGCGGGAGCCGGACUUGUAGCUGCGGUGUGAUUGUGCGUACUUUGUGUGUGUGCAUGCUUGUGAGAAUGUGUAGUAGUAGAACAGUAGUAGAACAGGCUAGAGAACCACUACGCCAGCCUCAUAAACAGAUGUCCUGUUGUGUAUUUUAAUCUGUUCAUCUCUUGUUUCUAUCUUUGACUGCUUCUCUCUUUUCUCCACUUAUUUUUGGAAACUUACAGGGUAACAACAUGUGGGAUCGAUUAUCACUGAUGGCUUCAGGGACGGUGUGUCCCACCUGUGUAAAUAUCUAAAGAAUAGUAUUACAGAAAAGGGCAAUUACUUAUAAUGAUAAAGAGCAUUACUUUAGGAAUAUAUGAACACUUAAUAAAGGUUUUCACUGUUCAA